UCUUCUCCUAUCUCGCUGCUGCCUGUGCUAUCAAAUUUCACCUUCUUGUGAAUUCGACUGCAAAACCAUGUUCUACUCGAAGCAUUUUACAAGAACCCUAUCAAUUCGCUCACUCUAUAAUCUUUUUCAACAUCAUUCAUCGUCAACUUUCCCUCCUAUGUACAGCACAGCCGCAUCUACACCCACUUCAGAGCAAACGUCUUUCACAAUGAACUACCUCAUUAGCAAAUGUAGAUUCUCCCGAAAAACUGCAUCGGUGAUUUCCCAGCGCAUCUCUCUCAAGUCAUCAGAAAAAGCGGACUGCGUUCUCUCUCUUUUUAAAACAUGUGGUUUACGCGAGUCACAGAUUCACAUUGUCAUCAAGAAAGCGCCGAAAUUACUUCUGAGUGAUCCUAUGAAGACCAUUUGGCCUAAGCUUGAGUUCUUAAUGUCCAAAGGUGCGUCUGUCCCUGAACUUGUCAACAUUGUGAUCAGAAGCCCCCGGUUCUUAUUGAGAAGCUUAAAAAAUCAUUUAAUUCCUAGUUAUAAUUUUGUUAAGGGCUUUGUUGGGUCUGAUAAAAGGUGUAUCGCCUCAAUCAUGCGGAGUCAUAGAGUAAUUUAUUGUGAUUCCCUGGAAACUAACAUUCAACUCUUGCUUGACAUUGGAGUGCCCAAAUCUCGCAUUGCUGCAUAUCUUCAUUCGUGGCCUAGCCUGCUUGCUAUGAGUUCAGGUAGAAUUAGAGUGGAAGUUGAGGGAUUAAAGGAUAGAGGUUUUGACCCUUCGAAAGCAAAUUUCAUUCCUGGAUUGUAUGCCAAAUGUAAGUUAAGCAAAAGCACUUGGAAUAGCAAGGUUGGAUUCUAUAAGAACUGGGGUUGGUCUCAAGAAGAGUUUGAUAAAGCAUUUGUACUCCAUCCUCAUUUUAUGUUUAAGUCUGUAUGUAAGAUUAAGGCAGUGAUGGAGUUUUUUGUGAAUGACAUGGGUUGCGACUCUAGUCUGCUUGCCCGUUAUCCCAUACUUUUUUCAAUGCAUUUGAAGGGAAGAAUCAUUCCAAGGGCUUAUAUCUUGCGACGUAUUCAUUCAAGAGGUUUAAUUAAGAAUGCCUGUAUCGUAUAUCCUUAUCAUAUCAAGGAAAAGAUGUUCCUUGAGAAAUAUGUUACUCGUUUUGAGAAUGAAGCUCCUGGAUUAUUGAAGUUGUAUCAAGAGACAAUGCAGUCUUCAAGAAAGACUUAAAUCUGAUUUCAUUCAUUCUCUA